AUGGCGGACAAUCUCUACGAACUUGACGUGCCUGGCACAGAACAACUUGUGGAUGUGAAUCAUACACUGGAUGCAGCACACGCAGGUGCAACCAGCGACAUCGUCCUUAUACCUCAACCAACUGGCGCCGGUGGCGAUCCCUUGCGCUGGGGCCGCUGGAAGAAAUAUUACCAACUUUUCCUCCUCGCGUUGUAUGCAUGCGCUUUCUCUUUUGGCGAAAACACCCUCGGAGCUGCGUGGACAACAGUCUCUGAGGACACAGGGGUCAGUCUCACCAACAUGAAUGGUGGAAGUGCUCUCAACUACCUCCUGUUGGGAUUUGUGAAUAUCUUCUGGAUCCCUAUGGCUAUGAAAGUCGGUCGACGGCCGGUCUUCCUGGCUACCACCACCAUCUGUAUGGCUACUGGUGUCGGCCUCGGAAAAGUCAAUGGAACCGCAUCAUGGAUGGUGAACAUGGCGGUCAACGGAAUCGGCACCUCUGCCUACCAAGCCGUCAUCCAGUUGAGUGUCUUUGACAUGUUCUUUGUUCACCAGCGAGGGCGGAUGUUGUCCGUGUACCUCUUCGGCCAGCAACUGGGCAGCAUUCUCGGGCUCAUCAGCGGUGGGAGCAUCGCGGAUGGUCCGGGUUGGCGAUGGUCGCAAUACAUUGUUGCCAUCAUCGACGCCAGCGUGCUCGUCCUCCUCCUCCUGACUUUUGAGGAAACUAUGUUCCCCCGCUUCUUGUUCGGGAAAACCGAUGGCAUCCCUCCCGUCUCCCAGUCCGUGGUUUUCCCUCAGGCUUCCGACAGCAAAGGUCUCGGAGACACCUUGACGCAGAGCCCAAGUCCGAGCGAGAUCGAAGAGGAUACCACAUUGGAAACGCAGUUCCCCAAGCGGACCUACUUGGAGACGCUCAAGCUCUGGGUCUAUUACCCGCAGGACCGGACCACGUACUGGCAAUAUUUCCGGAGACCUUUUAUCCUGUUCACCUUCCCCAACGUGGUCAUCGCAGGGGUUAUUUUCGCCUUUGGAUGUACCGCUGGCAUCGUCAGUUUCAAUACUAUCUCUGAGAUCCUUACCGAUCCGCCUUAUAACUGGUCUACAACCUCGACCGGCUUGGUCUUCUUUGCCGCCCUGGUGGGCAAUUUUGUCGGCUGGGCCACUGGCGUUCUGGGCGACCAUGUCGUGAUCUUCUUGGCACGACGCAAUUCGGGUGUGAAGGAGCCCGAAAUGAGAUUGUGGACUCUCUGUUUGUCCUUCAUCUACGCUGCCGUUGGGUAUCAACUAUAUGGGUGGGGUGCCGAGUUCGGACUGCACUGGAUGACGAUAGCCUUUGGAGUGGGCUGCAUGAUUGCUCAUCAAGUCUCGGCCUGUUCCAUUGCCACGGCGUACGCCAUGGAAUGUUUCCCAGGGAUCGCCGGCGAACUUGUCGUGGUGUUGGCUAUCUGUUCAUCUUGCAUCAACUUUGCCAUCUCUUACUCAGUCCAGCCCUUCAUUAAUGCGGCAGGAUAUGGAUAUACGUUCCUUUUCUUCGGCUUGUGCGUUCUGGCCUCUAUGGCUGCGGCUGUGCCAACCUAUAUUUACGGCAAGAGAUGGCGACGCAUGAGAGCACCGCGUUGGCGGCAGUGGUUGGCCCAGAGGGGGACUUGA